CCACUUUCCAUUUCAUUACAUUCAACGCACGUUCGCCUUUGGCAUCUGUUUUGGCUUCUAACUCAAAAUGAACAUAAACAAAACCAAAUCAAACAGUACACAAUGUUCUCAGAAGGAUGGUUAAGACCAGGCAUUGCGAUUGCAUCACGCAUCUAUAUAUAUUUUCAGAGUCAAUUUACCUGCUACAUACCUGAUUACAGUGAUAAGUAUGAGCGGGCGCCGGCUCUGAUCCACAACCAUAGCGUAAAAACUGUCAGUGUCACUGUGAACGCCGCCGCGAACGCACGCGCUGCGCCGCGUCAAAUUGUACCGCCACGUGUUUUUGUGAGUAAAUAAUCAGUGGUCACCAAUUAUAAACAAUUGCUGUGGUGGACUGUGUUAGUGAACAAGUGUCCUGGAUCUAGUGGCACGUUUGGAUUGCACCCAACAAGGAUUUACAUAUACGCUUCGUACAGUAUUCAGUAUAUCGGUGGACGUGAUUCUAUCAGUAUUAAUGAACAGAAUAGUGAUUUUACAAUAAGAUGUGUUUGAAAUGGAACAGUGAAAAACAAAAGUGAUUAUGUCAGUGAGGUGACGAGAACUCCGGCCGGUUGGCUGUGGUUGUGAAGCUGAAAACAUUCCCCUACUAAAAAUUUUAUCCAAGGGCCCGGUGGAUACAAGCAAGGAUAUCUGCAAAAUGACCAAGGGCCCUCGGAAAGUGAAGCUAGUCAUUGUAGUCAACAAUAAGAAAGACCCGCCUACGUUCAAGACAUUGACGCCGACAUCUCGCACACAAUUGAAACAACAGUUGAUGCGAGAACAUGCACAGGAGCAACUGCGCAGAGAAUCUUUACAAGCACAACAAGCAGGCCAGUCCAAGGACAAUGAGGAGAAGAAGAAGUCAAGUCCGGCGGAGGUGCCGCGGAUCACGCCUCACGUUGACCUACCGCCACAAGUAUUACAGGUGCGAACAGUUCUGGAGAACCCCACCAGGUAUCACGUGAUACAGAAGCAGAAGAGUCAAGUGCGUCAGUAUCUCAGUGAAUCAUUUCAACCCCAGACACAGGUGUCACCGCGAUGUGCACCCACACAAUCUGCGCCGGAGUUGGGCACGCGGCGCGCUUCCUCCCCGGAGCGGCCCUCCUCCUCGCUGCGCUCGCCCGGCAUACCCUCUGCUAGCAAUAAUUCAGAGGCUGAUGAGUUCCUAGAAGACAUCCUAUCAUUAGACAGUGGCGCGGGUCCACUCUCCUCAUCGGGACCUCCGUCGGCCGCCAGCUCAGUGGCUGGAGACUGCGCCCUCCUCACCGAAUCAGAUAUGCAUGCCCUCGCCAAGGAUAGACAGAAGAAAGACAAUCAUAAUAUGAUUGAAAGACGUCGCCGUUUCAACAUAAACGACCGGAUAAAGGAAUUAGGCACGUUACUGCCUAAAACCAAUGAUCCCUUUUACGAAGUUAUUAGGGACGUGCGGCCGAACAAAGGAACUAUUCUUAAGAGUAGCGUCGACUAUAUCAAGUGUUUGCGGGAUGAAGUAAAUAGGUUGAAACAGAGCGAGCAGCGACGGAAACAGAUUGAAAUACAUAAUAGGAAGCUAAUGUUAAGAAUACAGGAGUUGGAGCGGCUGGCCCGCGUGCACGGUCUGCCGGUGGAGGGCGGCAGCUCCCCGCUGGGGGACGCCGCGCCCGCCCCGCCCCCGCCGCACGACACCGACGCCGCGCCCGCCGCACUACCUGCGCACGCGCAGCCUACACCUUCUACGCCCACGCCGGCGCCCGAGCUUGUACUACCAAAAUCAGAGCCAGCCUCGCUGAUGGAGUUCGGAGAGCAACCACCAGACCUCCUCCGCGACAUGCCCUCCGCGGAGUGCCUGUCCGCCCUCGACGCGCUCGAUGGUCUAAAACUAGGUUCCUGUUCCCCCCUAAGUCGAGACGAAGGCCUAUCCCUGGGCUGUCUCGAGCCAGACUUGUGUCUGGAACCCGUGGCAGACCACCUCUUCAAUCAUAAAGACAUUAAGAUGCGACUGUCCCCCACCCCGAACUUGCUGAGUAACGAGGAUAGCGACGCGGUGCUCAACCUGGCACACAUAGAGGACCUCAUGGAUGAUGACUCACAUAACCCCGUCACGCAAGGUGAUCCGAUGCUGUGUUCGUCCCCGACGUCCCAGCUGUGCCUCAGCAACGUGGUGGCGGAGGCGGCCGACAGGAACAUCUCCUCCAUGCUGCACGAUGACUCCAACACCUUCCAUACUGCUGGUUCAUCGUCCCUCCUAUCAGAAGGCGCUCUAGGCCUGGGUGCAGGCCUGGCCUUAGGCGAAGGCCUACCAGCAUUAUUACUAGGCCACCACCACGCACCUCACUCCCCGCACUCACAUCCAAGGCAGCAUUGCUUCGACAUGGACCUCGGAGCAUAAAGGACACAGGUUAUACGUGGCGCCAUCUCUUAUCAAAAUCGGAAAACUUUGUUACAAGCAACUGAUAAAUUAUAUAAAAAUAUAUGUGAAUCUUGUCUGGUAUUGAAAAG